AAGGGAAAGACUCAACAACAAAAAAAAAACAAGGUGUAAUGAGAUGGCAGUAAUAAAGAAUGAGUUCAUUAUGAACAAAAUACAGCCAACAGCAAGGCCGGAGAACCAGCUGAAGCACCAAAGGAAUUUCAGGAAUUUUCACAAGGUACCAAGAAUUUGUUUUGUUUUUUAAUCUGCUAAAUUCUUUCCAACAAGAAACAUACAGUGGCAAUGUUAAAAGAGAUCUUUGCUUUUUUAAUGCCAGUUGUGUCAAGAAAACGAUUAAAUUUCUCUCUAUUGCAGCAAGACAAUCAUUAUCCUGUCCUUAAAGCAAAAGCUAUAAAGUUAAUUACUGCUAUCCUGGUGUUCUUGCCAAAAACACUUAACAAGCGCAGUAGUGGGGGACACGUGACGGCAGCUCACCCGCGGCCCCUGUCCCUUUAACACAAAUAAAUCCCGGCCGAUGAUUUCCAAACGAUGACGCCAUCGCCAGCCAAUCAAACCACCGGGAAUUUAAGAGCCAAUCAGAAUUUAGGCGCCAGGCGGGGCUGGGGGAGUUCCGCCAAAUUCAAACAGAGAAAGGAGAAAGUGGGAUUCUUCAUCACGUCGGGAGGCGAGCUCGGAGUGAUCUUUUUCCAGAUAAAGAUUGGCCUUACUUGAAUUGAUUGGGCGAGACGAAAUGGCGUCGACGGUGCUUCACGGGAUGGGGGCGGCGGCGGGUUGGCGCACACACCGGGUCCUGGAGGAGUCCGACGACGCGGACAGCCCGUCUCCCGUCCCGGACCGUUUCCGAAAGCGGCCUUCCUCCAGCUCGCUCAACUCGCUCCGCAUGUCCCUCCGCAAGCGGCUGCCCCUGCGGGCCGUGCCGCCCAACACGGCCGAGACCCCCGGCCGGGACUGCCAGCCGGGCGGCCACAAGCCCGGCGCAGUGCGCGGCCUCACCCGCAGCGCGCGGAACUCCAUCGGGGGCGUGUACCAGAAGAUCCAGAGGUCGCGGUUGCCGCGGGAGGAGUGCCUGGUGGCGACUCCGGGCAAGAGCGCCGCCUGCGAGGGCCUGGCCGUCCGCACGCCCCGGAAAACCGGGCCCCGCGCCGCCGCCGUCACCCCCAAGAGCGCCAGCAGGCGAACCCCCAGGUCGGGGGCCAAGAAGACGCCCCGGGCCGCCCGCACGCCUGAGCCCGGCGGGUCUUCGAGGGCGGCGGGAAGGGCAGGGGGCUCCAGGCGGAAGCUGAUCCGGAUGGCGGCGCUGCGGAGCCCGUUCGCCUCCCCGAAGACGCAGGGCUGCAGGCGGCAGUUUGAUCAGGACCUGGAGUCGGUGUCCACCGGCCUCCGGAGACUCAAGCGCCUCUCCCAGGCCUUCGACGACAUGAUCGGGAAGGACGAGAGGACUCAAGCCAUCGAAAACUACUGCAGUGUCAUGGUGCAGAGCUACAGCUCAACCCGCAAGACUUCACGAGCAACCAUCCGCCGCAAAACCGCACGAAUUCGGGAGACGGUCAACAGCUGGACUGACGUGGCCUUGUCCAGCAUUCGGAAAGGGAACUGAGUGAGAGGGGAAUGGUCAGUGUGGGGGGAGGAGUCCUGAUAUUGCUGAUUGAGUCCAUCCUCUAUGAUGUAAUAUGUGCUCUUCAAUGGCAGGUCAAUUUACUAAUUAAGGAUCAAUCAAGCUUGACUGAUGUCGUGCACCAGAAGAGCUGAGGUUGACCCCUUCCCAUGAUAGACUUGACCCCAGUCUGCUCUCCCUCUUCUGCCUCAAUUUCCCUUGAGGUCCGUGUACAUAGUCAAAACCACUCUUGCUUCAUUCAGUUUCCUAUGCUCGUUUUGUCCUGUGCACUAUACAUAUUUGUAUGUCCAGCCUUAUGCAACCUAUUACAUCAUCAGACAUUACCAUGACUGUUACCCUGCAGAAGUAUCAAAAUUAAAGCAACACUUCACUUACAAAACUAGAUCCAAAGACGUACCAUGGUGUCUUCGUGCAGUUGCAGCUCAAAGGCGAGGGCUGUGCUCUGGAGAAGUUCAUGAGCAUCCAUCCGGUAGCAAGACGUGUGGAACGGAGGGAGAUGGUUAUGACAAGGGCUGAAAAUGUGCAAACUGACACCUGGGUCAGGCCCGUUUUACUCCCAGUCCGCUUCAAUGCAGAAAUCUUGUACAGUAAGCUAUUCCAUUGCUGAACUGAUCAGUAGCAGGAUCAAACGGUGAAUGUGCAGGAAUUAAAAUGGUGAAAUAGACAGAACUGGCAGGGCAGCAGGCUGAGUUAGUGCGAGCUGGAAUGGGCAGCUUGUGUUCACACUCAGUCAGAGCUUUCUCAACUCUAUGACUUGAUUUUCUGCAUCUCAUCUGCUAUAAAAAAAAAAGCGAUCCCAGUUUAAAUGAGGCAGUUCUGUCUUUAUAAUGACCAUCCGGUAAUAAUCCACAAAACUGUUAUUUUGAACCAAUUGGACAAUGUUUUUCAGAUGGUGGGGAGGGGAAUGACAAUAAACAGUAUGUGAUGGUAAAAGAAAAACCUCGAUGGUGGGGAGGGUCAAUUCUUGAAUUCAGGUCGACUUAAGAGUAUAUUUACUUAACGGGUGAAAUCUUUCACGACUCAUCUUAUGAAGCCCGGCCCACUGCACUGCUGCACCCAGAGGACUCGUGCUCAAGAAUUCCCUUCCGGACAAGGUUCGCUGCCGCUUUGAAAGAGCUCGGAUUAGGAUUAGGAGUGCACAUCGCUCCCUGCCGCCCUGUCGCCUGUUUUGAGUGAUAAUCUCGCCCUCCUGCGGGUUCAGUCUCAGUGCCCCCUUGCGUGGAUGUAGUCCCUCUCGGCAGCUUCCACUUGACUGAUUUUGUAGUGCUCAGUGUAAGCCUAAUAUUUUAUUUACCAACACUAAAAGCAGCGUGCGAUCGCUACAUGCACUGCCGGUUUCACAGGGAUUCUACAUCAAAGACGCUUAUUACCUGAUCCUCUGUACUUGGAUCACUAUUUAAUGUUUACAACUCUUAACAUUUUUUAUUGGCUUGUGUGUGUAUGUGUAUUUAACACUGUCUAAAUGAAGGAAAAUAUUUGCAUGAGUUCCUACUUCUAGCAUUUUGAUACGUGUAUCUUGUAAAUUCAUGUAGUCUUUUUGUUUUUCAAGCCACAUGCAAUUUAAAAUGCCGUAGGGUGGGCUCCAGAAAAGGUUACCCAUUCAUCAUGUUUAAACUAGCUCCAAUUGACAAAACCUUGCCAGUUGCAUUCAGGUUUCAUGAAUGCUCUUGGAAAGGAAAUCUCAGUAUUUUCCCCCAGCCUGUGUCCUACCUUGCUCACCAUGAAAGCCAAAACCCAGCGUCCUCUCCUCAACACCCCGCUCAGUGCCAGAAAGAGAGCUACAGUACGUUGGUGUUUACAUGAAGCUUCCAGUAUUAUAGUUGGGGUUGAUGGGCAAGCCUGGCUGACAUACCACUGCGGGAACUGUUGAAGCACUUCAGCUGACAAGCAAUGGAGGACUGACGGAGUAAAGCCGAAGGAACACUGUGAGAGUAAUAAUGGGCAAAAUGUUCAUUUUCCUCCGUCUGUAUUUCCUGCAGGAAAUAAGUUCAAGGAAUGUUUCGGAAAAUAUUUUUCAAAAGUUAUUUCAUACAUCCCAAAAAAACAUUCCUGUCCCGAUCAUUGCUUCUAAUGCAGACUUUGCUUGUCAGCUGAAAUGUAAAAGAAACAAAUGAGCCAUCUUUUCAACCCUUCACGGCACUAACUUGCAUAUUUGUGAGCGGAGCCUCGUUGAACUCUGCUUGUACCCGUUCCUUGCGAAGGACAAAAGGGAAAAGAAAAAUGUUACAUUUUGUAUGAAGAGAAAUAAAAAUGUUCUGCUUUUA